AUUUCAAGAACUCUGGGUUACAGAAUUUCUUGAAGCCUUUGUGGCUUCGCUUUUACACAGUGCACAGAGAUCGGUUGAUGCACUUACAACAUCCUGGAGCAACAUGAGAAAUUCUCAGUCAAUUAUGAUGCUGCUGAAGUCACUAGCAUCCCUCUGUGUUCUGGCUGCUGUUGCCUUUGCUGUCCCUGCUCAGGAGAAGCGCAUCCAUCACCAUGCUGAUCUGAGUGACCAUGCCCACGAUGAUGCUCACAGCUUCCAGUAUGACCAUGAAGCCUUCCUGGGCAAGGAGGAGGCCAAAACCUUUGACCAGCUGACCCCUGAGGAGAGCAAAGACAGAUUGGCGAAGAUUGUGGAUCGCAUUGACACCGACAAGGAUGGAUACAUCAGCCAUGCAGAGCUACAUUAUUGGAUCAAACACCGGCAGAGGAGGUACAUCGAGGAGAAUGUGAACAAACACUGGAAGGAUUAUGACAAGAACCAAGAUGGAAAGAUAGGCUGGGAGGAGUACAAAAACACCACCUACGGCUUUUAUCUUGAUGAGGAGUUUGAUGAUGUUGAAGACAAGGCCACCUAUAAGUCCAUGCUCAUGCGGGACGAAAGGCGCUUUAAGACAGCUGACCGAGACGGCGACGGUAUUGCCACACGUGAAGAAUUCACCGCCUUCCUUCACCCAGAAGAGUUUGAUUACAUGAAAGAUGUGGUAGUGCUGGAAACUGUGGAGGACAUUGAUAAGAACGGUGAUGGCAAAGUCAACCUAGAUGAAUACAUUGGUGACAUGUACACACCAGAGAAUGGAGAGAGUGAGCCUGACUGGGUCCAGACAGAGAAGAAACAUUUCUCAGAUUUCAGAGAUGCCAACAAGGAUGGCUACCUGGAUGCUGGUGAGGUAGCUCACUGGAUUUUGCCAGGAGAGGUUGACCAUGCUGACAAUGAAGCCAAACACUUGAUCCAUGAGACCGACACUGACAAGGAUGAGAAAAUAACCAAGAAGGAAAUUCUGGCCAACUGGAACAUGUUUGUGGGCAGCCAGGCAACCAAUUAUGGGGAAGAUUUAACAAAGAGACAUGAUGAACUUUGAUUCCAAGAGGAACUCAUUUGGGUUUAUAUUUCACUAUGUUUGAUUACAGUUACAGUGGGUUUCGGGUGGGGGUGAAAUGUGUAGAUUGGGUUGGGGUGGAACUUUCUGUGGUUUAUACUGUACUCAAGGGUAUAAUCAUGUAUUAAAUUCAGCAUACAGUCACAUACUGUGUAUGUGAAUACAGAUUAUACUGACCCUACACACACAGUUCUGUCUUUUUGAUUUUGUAAUGGCGAUGCAUAUCUUCAUAGAUAGCAUAUCGCUGUCCGUGUAUUUCCAAAAUAUGAAAAUUAGAAACUAAAAUCUGUGGAUAUUGUCCAACAUGCACAGGUACAUUCUAUGGGCCUAGAUGUUAGAAAGUGUUCUCAGCACAUUGGGAUAAAUUGUUCAUGUAUAAAUAAUAUUAGCAAACAUUGAGUAUACAGAGUUUUAAUCAGAGACAGAUAUGGUGGCGUGUGACAGAGGCCAUGUGAACAAUUGUGAAAUUCACCCAGAGGCCAACAGUUAUGAAAUUCUCAAUUGGAAGAAGGGAAAGAGCUGAGUUGGAGACAAAAGGGCUGUUUACUGACUGUUUUGUGUUUGGCUAUUAAAUAAAGUCUUAUUGGUUUUUC